AUGAGCUCCGGCGUCAAGCGACAGCGGCAACCAGCCGCAUCCUCCAAUGCCGAGUCCUCCAAGAAGCGACGUACCCAGACGCGCGCAGCACCCAAGAGCCGUGGUCCCUACCGUUUCACCUUUGGCAAAUACAAAGGCAAAACCAUACAAGAAGUACACGAUGAAGACUUUGGUUAUAUCGAAGACUUCAUCGUCUUCGAGGGUAUGAUGGGUGGAAACGAUAUACUCAAGAAAAAUCCUGCCGUUAGAACUGGUCUGCGCGACCUACCGAAAUCCUGGUUGGAACAAGACUCAAGCUUAGAACGACUUCUGGACAACGACCAGCCAGGUGGCCCGAGUAUAUACGAGUACGAAGCCAUGGUUCCGAAUCAAGGCAUGAUGAAGAUGAACGAACAGAAGGCGCUGGACGAUUCUCAUUUCACCAAGAGAUUAAGUCCGAUGCACAUAGCGUUCACUGCUACGGUCAUACGCGUCGAGCGAAACUUUACAGACUUCGGAGUGGGAGGCUCGGACUUCGACCCUUUUAAGAUACUGCCAUGUGGUUGGCCAUGGGAAUCUCCUCUGACCACUGAAGUCAACGUCGUAAUCACCGGUCAGGACACGGUGUGGGCAGAGAAUCUGGAGCCUCUGGUAUACGGGCACUAUCGCUUCAGUGGAAGUCUUGGUACCGGAUCUUCCCCUCUCACAGGCUGGCCUAAGAGUCUCGACGUUCUCAAGGAUCCGGAGACUGUCGAACCGAGCAGCGGGUGCUGCUUUCGAAUUGCUGGCAAGGUCAAGGAGGUGAAUGGUAGGAGUGUCAAAGUGAGCGUCAAGAGGGAUAAGACUCGUUAUGCGAAUGGCUGGGAGAAGGAUGUCAGUGUGGAUCUUUCGGAAGGUGUUCAGGAGCCUGAAGUUGACGCGUCAUAUGUGUUCAAGGGUCAUCUCGAGCCGUUCACCAAGGUGUUUAAGGAUAUCAAGUUCAUCGCAGAGACUUAUAAUAAGACCGGAGAAACCCAGUCUUAA